AUUUUUUUCCUCAAGACAUACAAUCUGCCUCUGCAAGCUAUUCGUUCACUCACAAAUCACACAUCAUGGCACCUUCGUCAGGACGGCGACACCCGCCUAGUGCGGAAGAAUUGGAGGAGCGAAAUACCGUGGGCAUAAACAAAGAGACAAUAACCAACACCGUCUCAAACGACUACCCAGACAACUACGCCAACGAAGACCAAGCCUGGGACAAGGAAGUCUUCCGGAAGAACUUCAAGGUCCAAUGGCAUGAGAACAAGCAAUUCGAAGCGCAGUUCUCGCUCAUCGGCGUCGACGCCUCCAUCGCCAACGCCUUCCGCCGCAUCCUGAUCGCCGAGAUCCCGACCCUCGCCAUCGACACCGUCUUCAUCCACAACAACACCUCAGUCAUCCAAGACGAAGUCCUCGCACACCGCCUCGGCCUGAUCCCCUUCACGGGCGGCAAGAAGGGGCUGCGGGAGUGGAUGGGGUUCUGGCGCAAGCCGGCCGAGGGCGAGGGGACCUACGACACGACCUUCGACAACAACACGAUCUCGCUCAAGCUGAAGGCCGCGUGCAGCCACAACAAGUCCGCGCCCCCCGGAUCGACGGACCCGCGCGAGCUGUACCAUAGCGCGCAUCUGUACGCGCGCGACAUCACGUGCGAGAUGCUGGGCGGCCAGCCCAAGUACUUCUCGAGCGCCGAAGACCGCAUCCGCCCGUGCAACCCGGACAUCCUGAUCGCGAAGCUGCGGCCGGGCCAGGAGGUCGAUAUCGAGAUGCACAUGCACAAGGGCUUCGGCUGGGACCACGCCAAGUGGUCGCCCGUCGCGACCGCCAGCUACCGGCUCAUGCCCACGAUCACCAUAACAAAGCCGAUUCUGGGGGACGACGCGGAGAAGUUCGCGGGUUGCUUCAUGCCGGGCGUCGUGGACCUCGAGCGCGUCACGCGCCAGGAGGCGAAGGUCAAGGGGAGCGGGUACGAGGGCCGCGAGGGCGAGGUGAAGGCCGUCGUUAAGGAUCCCAUGCGCGAUACGGUGAGUCGGGAGGUGCUGAGACACCCUGAGUUCGAGGGCAAGGUUAAGCUGGGCAGGCGGAGGGACCACUUCAUUUUCUCGAUCGAGAGUACCGGGCAGUGGGAUAGUGACGAGCUGUUCCUAGAGGCGGUCAAGACGCUGAAGAAGAAGUGCCAAGUGUUGAGGCCGCAGGUCACGAAUAUGGUCUACACUUAUUAAGUGGGGGUUCAUAUUCGGGAUUAUGUGGCUGGCAUUGAAGAGGAGAGAUAAGUAAGGGGUGAGGUGAGAUAGGGGGUUUUGCUUUGCAUGUGGAGGUGUAUAUGCAUGCUAGAAGGGAGUUCUAUUCAUGACACCUCCGACGAACGGCGUUUGAUGGGAAAAUGUACCGGGAUGGUUAGUUUACUCAGGGACAAUAGAGUAAUGAAAGUCAUAAGAAAUUUCAAGGACUGUUAACGACUGA